AUGCUCUCCCGCACCAUCCUCGCCGCCCUCGUCAGCGCCGCCUGCUUCGCGACCGUCAACGCGCAGGACUGCAGCGCUAACAACGAGAAAUGCUGCCAGCAGGUCCAGGACCCGGAUAACCUUAAUGCCGAUCAAUUGAGCCUGCUCCGACUGUUAAACAUAAACGUUAAUGCCUUGACCGGCGCCGUCGGUCUGAGUUGCACCAAUGUUGUCGGCGAGAGCUGCAGUGCGAAUAGUGCUUGCUGCACUGGCAAUACCUACUACGGCGGAAUCGUUGUUCUUGGCUGCUCCCCGAUCCAGCUGUAG